CCUCUUGCAGGAUGACAGAAAAGGAGGUGCUGGAGUCCCCUAAGCCCUCCUUCUCAGCAGAGACUCGGCAAAGUGGGCUACAGCGGCUGAAGCAGUUAUUCAGGAAAGAGUCUACAGGGACAAAAGAGAUGGAGCUCCCCGAAGAGCCCCAGGCCAAUGGGGAGGCAGUGGGAGCUGGGGGUGGGCCCAUCUACUACAUCUAUGAGGAGGAGGAAGAAGAAGAGGAGGAGGAGGAGGAACCACCCCCAGAACCUCCUAAACUUGUCAAUGAUAAGCCCCACAAAUUCAAAGACCAUUUCUUCAAGAAGCCCAAGUUCUGUGAUGUCUGUGCCCGGAUGAUUGUCCUCAACAACAAAUUUGGCCUUCGCUGUAAGAACUGCAAAACUAACAUCCAUGAGCACUGUCAGUCCUAUGUGGAAAUGCAGAGAUGCUUCGGCAAAAUCCCCCCUGGUUUCCGCCGGGCCUAUAGCUCCCCUCUCUACAGCAACCAGCAGUACGCUUGUGUCUCUCCUGCCAGCCACAAUGACCCCGUGUUUGAAACCCUGCGCACUGGGGUGAUCAUGGCAAACAAGGAACGGAAGAAGGGACAGGGAGAUAAGAAAAGUCCUCUCGCAGACAUGAUGGAAGAGGAGCCAGAGCCUGCCAGGCCAGAGGACAGCAAACCCCAGGAUGGAAACUCUGAAGGGGUGAAGAAGGCAGAAAAGAAGACCACUGAUGACAAACACAAGCAGCCUGGUUUCCAGCAGUCUCAUUAUUUUGUGGCUCUCUAUCGGUUCAAAGCCCUGGAGAAGGAUGAUCUGGAUUUCCCGCCUGGAGAGAAGAUAAUAGUCGUGGAUGAUUCCAACGAGGAGUGGUGGCGGGGGAAGAUAGGGGAGAAGGUGGGAUUUUUCCCUCCAAACUUCAUCAUUCGCGUCCGGGCUGGAGAGCGUGUACACCGCGUAACAAGAUCCUUCGUGGGAAACCGAGAAAUAGGGCAGAUCACUCUCAAAAAGGAUCAGAUUGUGGUGCAGAAAGGAGAUGAAGCUGGUGGCUACGUCAAGGUCUACACGGGUCGCAAGGUGGGGCUAUUCCCCACUGACUUCCUGGAAGAGAUUUAGGCAAGCAAGACACCUGCCGGCCAAAUUCACCCUUGCCCCGUUCUGGGCAGGUCCAGUGG